AUGGCAGCACCAGGAACAACCGCGGCGGUUGAGAAGGACGAUCUAGUUAUCCCUCUUAUCGACUUUGCCCCGUUCCUCUCUAAUGACCAAGAGCUGAAGACUUCGGUGGCCAGCUCGGUGUUAAAGGGAUUCCAGAGUGCCGGCUUCCUGUACCUCACCAACCACGGCAUUCCCCAAUCCCUCGUCGACAAGGCCUUCUCCCGCUCCGCCCGGUUCUUCACUCGCCCUCAAUCCGAGAAAGACCUGCUCGAGUGGUACGCGGCUGAAGCGAACCGUGGGUAUACGGCUCACGGACGGGAGAAGGUCACCCGGCUGGUGGAUAAGGACGAGGUCGCGAAGCUGCGGGCGUCGGUCCCCGAUAUCAAGGAGAGCUUUGAGAUCGGUAGAGAUGAUGAGCCGCAUUUUCCAAACAUGUGGCCGAAGGAUGCGGAGGGGGAGACGUUCCGGGCAGAGAUGAUGGCGUUCCAUGAGACGUGCAAGCAGCUGCAUCAGCAGGUGAUGCGGGCAGUUGCGAUCGGUAUGGGUAUGGAGGAGACUUGGUUCGAUGAAUACACCAGUGCUGGGGAUAAUACCUUGCGGCUAUUGCACUACCCGUCGGUCGAUGGGAAGGUUUUCAAAGAGAAAGUGGGCACGGUCAGAGCUGGAUCCCACAGUGACUAUGGCUCGGUCACUCUCCUAUUCCAGGAUGCCCGCGGUGGACUCCAGGUCCAAUCGCCGAACGGGACAUUCAUAGACGCGACGCCGGUUCCCGGGAGUAUCGUUGUGAACGCGGGCGACUUGCUCGAGCGGUGGGCGAACGAUACGAUCAAGAGCACUAAACACCGAGUAAUUGAGCCGCCAAGCGAACCGAAUGAGGAUGGGAAGUAUCCGGCGAGAUACUCGAUCGCCUAUUUCUGCAACCCGAACUUCGACAAGUUCAUCGACGCGAUCCCUGGGACGUAUGAGCAGACGGGGAAGAAGUAUCCAGGAGUCAAUAGUGGCGACUAUUUGAUCCGCAGACUCGCGGCGACAUAUUAG